AUGGAUCGGAUGUGGCGACGCGUGCAGGGAGCAAAGGGGGGCGGGCGUCGCAGCGCCGCGUGUUGCGGAUGCCCGUCGCAGCCGUGUCAACUGCACGUGGACCAACGCGCUAAGCGAGGCGGGGGUCGGAAAUCGCGGGGCGGCCCUCGGACGAUAGUCUGUGGCUGCCAGGUUCAACCCUGUCCGGUGCAUCCGGUCCUGGUGAGGGUGCGGAGGACUCGACCAGCCGGCACCGCCGCCCCGCGUGAAUGCGAGUGCGACUGCCCUCAGGAUCGCCCUUGCCCUCACGCCAACCGCGGAUCCCUGACGACGCGGGGUGAGCAUCGCAGAUGCGGAUGCAGCGCUGAGGGAUCCUGUCACCACCACGUGGCGAGUUCGGGUACGCCGCGACGCCGCGUGACGCCGACGCCGGAAGUGACGAACACUUGCUGCGAUUGUCCGGAUAAAUCAGGGUGUCCGCAUAAAUCCGGAGCUUCCGAUCCCGCCUGCGAUUGCAUAGCGAUGCCGUGUUCGCACGCGGUGAAAACGCGCGGGUCUCGGGCCCCUCAGUGCGCCGAUUGCGUUCCCGGAAGCCUUCAGACCUGCACCCACAAGCCGAGCAACUCCGAGGGCCGGAUAAAGCGCGUCAAGUGCCGCGUGAGGCGCGCCGGUUGUGCGAUGGCGAGGUGCACCGCGGAGCUUGCGAUGCUUCAUCUUCACUGGGAGCUUGCGACCGAAUGUGCUCCCUGCAGGCCCCGCGCCCUCACUCGACGCCUCUGCCGCAGACAGCAAAGUGACAACGAACUUUAUCGCAGUAACAGCUUUAAGUUUGAACGGUUCGAGAGGAGCAGGGAGGAGCAUGCAACCCCCCUCAGGAAACAGAUAUCUUUAUGCGAUGAAUACAGUCUGCCAGUUGACUUUGUCAAUAAACGACGACCCGCCAGCGUUGCUGCAGCGACUUCCACCGUCCAGUGGGCCUUGCCAAGUCCGACCACCGAAAACGCGGAAGUCGAAGUUGUAGAAGAAUACAGUGAUCCGAGAGACAGCAGAACGAAAGCCUACUCUGAACCGAGCGAGGAACUUUCAUUGCCAAAACUUUACGCGAAGGUCAAUCGAGAUUACUGCAGACCUUACACCGACCCGUCAGCAUCCGAGUCCUCCGGUGCCGAUGACGAGGCAGGUGGUACUCUGACGGAGUUUCGCCGACGUAAGAACAGCCUUUAUAAGACAACGGGUCGCAGCUCGCCCUCACUCCUUGAAGAGGAAACGCUACCUCCAGGAGACGCAGUGAUCGUAGACUGCGUGGCAUUGGUGCACCUCGAAGCGGAUCAGUCGCCAACGGAUCCUGGGCAGCCGGUGCGACAUCCGUCGCCUUACUACUACGGCGACCUCUUCAAGGCGAGUGAGGAACUCUCACGUCCUCAGCCAGGACGAUACCGGAAGAGCGUGAGCCUCGACGUCCCAGGGGAAAGAUCGAGGACACCGGGACUACCAAAGAGGAAUUCGGUGGCCGGUGAUGGUGGCGGAACGUUCAACAACAACCAGGAUCUAGUGAGCCCAACAUCGGGGAGUGAGCAGCAUGCCGUACCUCACAGUGGGAACGAGAUACUUUCAUCGUGCAUUAUCACGGAGUGGGACAGCACCCUCAUGCCGCCGCAUCGUCUCCUCAGUCACGACAUACCCAGUGCAGUUUGCACCUGCGUCGUGUCACCGGACGAUGAGGAUGUAGAUCCGCCCCUGCGGCAAGCGCGCAAGCUUCGCCGGAAUCGAAAAAUAGACCCGCAGCUAGUCCUGCUCGAGGACGAAGCCGACGAGGACGAGGAGACGGCCGACAAGGAGGAGGCAGAGAUGGCCAGGCAGCGACGUCUCUACGAGACUGCGUUCGACUCUAAGGUCAGCCGAUCGGACGACGACCUCGACGAUCAUGACCGUCUUACCAACCAUCCGGUCCUCCAUGCCCCCUCAAGGAUCGCGGCGGUCCUGCAGCCGAAGGCUCCGUCCCCGGUGCCGGAGUCCUUCCACGCUUUCGAGCCCGUCAGCUGCCCAGUCAACAACGCGUACGCCUCGAAGGAGCGACGCAAGGUAGUCUUACUCCGCCCAAAACCGAUUCCGAGCCGCCUUCAGCAACCUGACAAUAUGUCGUCUCUGUCCCAAGACAUCGAAUCCCUCCAGGUAAACUCCAGCGACGAGAAAAACUCCUCGCCUAGGCUGCCGCUCCGUGGGUACGCGCCCGCACCGCCCUCGCCACCGUCGACAGCCCCACUUCCGGCCAAGUUUCACGGCCGGAAGGACCAUCUUCUUCUGAACAUACGCAGCGCUCCGAAUCUACCGUCCCAGGCCGAUCAUCCGCGGCUCAAGGACUCGAGACUACCAGUAAAAUCCCUCCGCGCCAAAGAGUCGCCACAGAGCAGCGAGGGAAGCAUACUAGAGAUUAAGGGACGGCCAAAAAGCGAGGCUCCCGAUGCUCAAAUGCGCCGGCUUGACAAGGAACUGAUCCUUGAAUUUAAGGGCAGGCCAAAGGAGGAGAGACAACGUCCUCGGAGCCUCAUUCGCGAGACUCGUCCGAUAAUGGAGUUCAAGGGAAGGCCUCACGAGGCUGAGGAACACCUUCCGAGACCACGGAGAGAGGCGGGAAUCCUUGAAUUCAAGCUCAGGACGACUCGCAGGAGGAUGGGCUACUCGAGUACGGAGAGCAUGGCCACCAGCAGCAGUGGCGGGAGCAUGGAGUCCUUGAGGAGCAGCACCAGCGAGGGAAACAGAUCGACGAGUAGCUCGGAGAGUCGCCACAGCACGAGUCUAAGCUCGCACAGUUCGGACAGCGGUAGCACGAGCUGCGUGAACAAUCACCAGCAGAACACACUGACCGGUUUCUUGACCCACCAUGCGAACAAGCUCCACAUCCUGUCUCCGAUAUCGGACAAGUCCUCGCAGGAACCGGCCUCUGAGACGUCGGACAACAACAGAAACAACAAUUCCCAGAAAGGCUCGCCCGAGGAGGCGCAGACCCAGACCACUGAAAACUCGACCGUGAACGUGAACAACGUGACAUCGCCGACCGACACUUCGUUCAAGAAACGCCGGACGCCCCAGAACAAGAAUCUCAUCAACCUCGCCCUGCAGUCGUCAUCGUCCGGAGACGCUGAAAUUCAGGGAUCGGACAGCGGGAUCUCGAUUGAAUCUCGCGCCGGGAUAAAGUGCAAACCCUUCGGGUUUCAUCUUCUUAAACCGCAAGUUGAUAACCUCAACCUGGUCCACAAUGAACCUGAACUCUCCGACCUUCCGUUCGACAUGCCGAAACUACGCAGGCGGCGACUUCUCAUGCAGCAGGAUGCCACCACAUCCGGUAGUGCCACUAGCGUCGAUCUCCGCGAUCUUCCGUUCGACAUGCCUAAACUACGAAGACGUCUGAGGUGCACUCAGAGCAUCGAAUCUAGUGCGUCACAGGCCUCGUCGAGCUUGUCUGUACGCGACAUUGACGUCCCUAUCUUGUUCGGCGGCGGUACGGCGCGCCCGAAGAUGACGCUGAACCUCGACGCUGGCGGGACGGACGAGGCUGGUGGUAAAGUAGGCCUAAAAAAACCCGGAGGACUUUGCCUUGGACUACCCCUGGAGAUGGGGACUUCCCGCGGAUCCGCUGACCUCGUUGACGCAGACCUGCCCUUGGAGAGACAAGGAUGGUACCACGGAUCGAUUACCCGAAUCGAAGCGGAAGCAGUCCUUCGUUUACUAAGAGAAGGAAGCUACCUGGUUAGAAACAGCGAGUCGACUAAACAGGAUUAUUCUCUGUCUCUCAAAAGCGCAAGAGGAUUCAUGCAUAUGCGAAUACAGCGAAACGAGGAAUUGAAUGCCUACAUUCUCGGCCAGUUCAGUAAGCCCUUCGAGACUAUUCCAGAAAUGGUUCGUCACUUCAGUGUAAAUCGGUUGCCGAUACGGGGAGCCGAGCACAUGUGCCUGCUCCAUCCAGUGAUAGCCCAACUUUUGUAGCGCAUCUAUCGCAGCGCCCUUUAAGGCGCUACAAUAAUUAUAUACCGCACUUUCCCAGAAAGUUUUCUUGCAAAUUUCUCCAGUUUCGAUCGAACGACUCAAACGAUCACCGGAAUUACUGACCUGAAUAUGGAUCAGUAGUGAGAUAGAAAGAGGGAGAGAGAAAGAGAGAGAGCGAGAGAAAAAGAGAUGAACGAGGGUUGAGCUGUUACGAGGAGAACCGUUCAAUUCUAAAGAAUCGAUGGAAUAUGUGCCUCAGGGAAUUUUCGAUGAAUCCAGUUUUGGUUUUUGAUUAGAUUCGAGCACAUGUGUAUUGGAGAAAAUAUUUGUGAUGAUAUUGUCUAGAAUUUACAUCGGGUUUCCAUUUUAAUUUUUUUUAUUUCUCUUUAUAAUUCACGGCUCAUAAUGCGGUUUUUGUAACAUGAGAAGUUGACAUUUUUCAUUUAACCAAUAUGUCGUUUUCUCGUUUUUGAUUUAGUAUAUCGUAAAUCUCGUUAAUUUUCAGUAUUUUAUAACAAAUCAUUGACUUAUUCGAAUACAAAA